AUGGAGUCGCAUCUACCAAAAGACGAGUUGAUCGCUGAUCCACAAUCCCGUGAAAUAACUCCAGAAGAAGAUGAAUACGAGCCAUAUUUCCCAUCUGACGAAUUCCAUUUGCCAGCAGGACUCGAUUGGAGUUUGACUCAGGAUCAGAUUGCUUCAAGACUAGCUGAGAAAAUGCCAAGACUCAAUGACGCAGAACGCAAGUACGCUCAACUCACCUUGGACGCCAUUACGACGAAACAAAAAGAAUACCAAGCAAAAGGAUGGUCCAUCUAUCGGUUUGAUACGGGUUUCGAAACUCAGGAGUGGAAGCAGCCAGAGUUGGGAAAUAUAACAACUCCUAAUCCAGCGGUUUACGAUGUUCCUAAUCUCGACGAUCUCUACCCAAAGGAUGUACCACCAGAGUGGCGAUGA